UUUUUUCACCUAAUUUGAUCCUUUUAGCGGAAAAAGCAUAUUAAGGGCAUCUUAAUGUUAAAAUUGCACUUUUUUCUUCAAUCUGGACUUGGAAAACCACUAUUUUGCCUACAUAGCUCUGUUAUGUGAAUUCAAGGAAACUAACUUACUUUAUGAAAUUGAAACAUCGGUAGUGGUAAAACGAAAAGCACGACAUUUACUACAUUCUGCAAACUUUAUCACUUUUCUAUCUGAAGUGAAGGAAGUUCAAGCAAAACUGUUGUGCGGCCCCCAGAUUUUGGACAUUAUGUGGAGAGAAAAUUUCGACAAACAUUGCAAUCCACCUGCACCAUGAUUCAAUUGAAUUUAUAACAUUAUGACUAAGUGAGUUGUGCCACGAAACUCAAAACAAAUCAUUUUUCUGUGCAAUUUUGUCACUACUAAUAUUUUAGCUCAAUAACAUCUUCAACAAGACGACAAAGUUAAAAUAUAUGCAUGGGGCAGGUUGGUUGUGAUGUUUGUUUGAAUUCUCACUCCACUAAACGCCCAAACAUACAUACAUACAUACAUACAUACAUACAAAAUCAAGGUUUUAUUUUUCCUUGAAGUUUGCUCAAUACAAAAGGCUAUUUAGAAAAGAAAUGAACUUAAGGUCGGAAAAAACAACAAGGAAAUUGGGUAGCACCUCCGUGAGUGUUUUUUUCUGGCGCACAUUUUAGCCCCUGUGCCAGAGAGGAAGAUGUGGAAAAACAGUAAAUUAGGUUGUGAUUGUAAUGUUAAGAUUUCUUUUUUUGUAGUAAAUUUAGUAAUACCAAAUUUGAUUUGGUAAAAAAUGAGUAUUUAACAAUUCAGUGUUCCAGGUUUGACAAAAAGUAAAACAAGUUGGAUCCAUAAAAGAUGGCUUUUCUUCAAUCGUGCAAUAGUUUUAUUUUUGCAGGGGGCUAAGACAUGAAGACAUGUCUAGUUACACUCAAACUUGCAGAGGAGGUAACAGUGCCAAUAGUUCAAUGUUUUGACGAGCAUCAACAAAGUUAUCUCAUUUAAUCAUGAUGCCGUACUUUUUGCAACCUUAACUAUCAUAGGGAAAUUGUUUCAAUACAACAGUAGGUUUCACUUUUUCCCCGAUUUCUGAACUCUUUUUCGUUGUUUUGAUCAAAUUAAAAUGACAUUUUGUGCCUCAAAACGUCGCUUUGUUAAUCUUGUUCUCAUCAACUGCUUUUCUAUUUUCAGACUUGUCUCAGCGUACGAGAACAAAAUCAAAUCCGUUGAGGACAAAUAACAUAUUAUCUCUGAAUAAGUCAUCGGAAUGACGUUAUGCUAUAGUCGCGCAACUCGAAUUGUCUCGUUUGUCCAGCCAACCGACUGGCAAGAGGCCGAACAGGCAGGGCAAGGACGGCCGAUUUUCUUGGUACUUCCGACAUACAGGAAACUCGUUUUUAUUCGUGAAAAUUCCGUCCUGAAUGGACGUGGUUGUGGCAACCUCUGCCUUUAAAUUUUAUAAAACCAAAUUCAAAAAGCAGAAUGGUCCGUGUUUCAGCUAGAAAGUCGAGCGCCUCUGUCCGCCAGAAAUCCCCACCGCCCUUAGCCGCCUCCAUCACGGGGAAUCUGGCCAUGAGGCGACCCAAGAACUCGACCAAAUCCACAGCCAAACCGAACAAAAUUCCGAUCAAGAAGCUCCCCAAAAAGCUCGCCCAGAAUCGGACUUUACCCAAAGGUCGAACACGUCAUUCCCACCCAUCUGACGAUAGCUCUCAAGUUGAGCCCUCUAGUAGACGACCUCGUUGGUGGCAAGGGGCGGAUCCGGACCCCGAUCGGGGGGCGGGACCAAGUCAACCUCAUCUGUUUUCCGAGGAACAGGAGCUAGCAGUUGCUCGGAUGAUCGAGGCCGCUCGAGCCCAAGAACGGGCAUCUUUGUUGGGAACUUCAACUCAAGGAGGCCAGUUAUCCAAUGCCCCUCCCACGGAUUCUUCAGAGGAUGAGGACGAGGAUCAAGACGUUUCUGAUUGUUCAUUUGACAACCCAAGGCCUUCUAAAUCCCCGAAAUAUGGAAAAAACGAACGGGCUAUUCCUCCAACGCUUUAUUGAAUCGGACAGUGCCAGGAGCCUACAUCAGCGGGAGGGUUGGCGGGAUCCCGUGAGAAAUUCGCAGGUAAACCCAUAACAUACCUUCAUACCUUUAUUUUAGGAAUGGAAAUGAUUUAAAAUACUAUGCGACGCGUGUGGUUCGGAUUUGACUUAAGGGAAUGAGAUGAAUGCUCUCCAGGAUGAGAUGAAGGCUCUCCGGGAUGAGAUGAAGGCUCUCCGGGAUGAGAUGAAGGCUCUCCGGGAUGAGAUGAAGGCUCUCCGAGAUGAGAUGAAGGCUCUCUGGGAUGAGAUGAAUACUCUCCGGGAAUGAGAUGAAUGCUCUCCGGGAUGAGUUGAAUGCUCUUUGGGAUGAGAUGAAUGCUCUCCAGGGUGGUAACUUGUCGCAGGAAUUGGAGAUGAAUGCUCAUUCUUUGCCAGAUGCAUUUAAAGUUCCUCCGAAUCGUCGUUGUUUGGCCAAGGAGCGGGUAAACGAAAUGCGGGACAUUUGCAAAGGAACCAUGCCCGUUAUGCGUCAUGCUCAGUCCCAUCUCCUUCUUGGUUUCCAACUCUCGCUUGGACUUGGAAAGGGGGUUAAGGAGUCCAACCAGCCGCGAGAGUGAAACUAGUACAAACGAGGUAUUGUCACAUCUAAGAAGUGCUCUUCAAAUCGGAAUUGAUUCUACACGUCACGAGAUUGCUAUGGCCGAGAUUUUGUCUGUUCAUGGAGAGAAAGUCAUGACCCAAGUCGAAGGGAGAAAACCCUGUGAUAGCCGCUACUCUUCCCGGACAGAUUGGGUCCUUAAGGAAAUGAAGAAGGAUGAUCUUCAAGAAGCCCUUAUGCGUCAGAAGUCCGUGGGGUUGGCUCCUCCGAACGCACAUGCUCUAAAAGGGAGCCAGGCUAGUAGCCAGGGGCCACGUAGCUUGAGGGGCCGUCGAGGUCGUAAACCAUCUUUCUGGCAGGACCAAACGGGUACAACUUCCAGACUAACAAAGAAGCUGAAGAACCCAUUAACCAUUCCCAAGUGCUAUAAUUGUGGAACUCCGGGUCAUUUGACCCGUGAGUGUCCUAAAAAGAGACUUCCAUGAUUCACAAUACACUGUUCAAUCAAACUGUUGUUCUGACCACGUUUGCUUGGGAUGCCGUUAGAAUAUAGAAUUUUGAUGAGAUGAUAACCCUCUAUGUGAUAGACCUUGAUAUCAAGUUAUCGCUCAUUAAUCUCUCUACAGGAUAUUCCCAAUUGUCGCCCUUGGAUACACAUCAUGCCCUAACAAAAGAUGCAGAACCUGGGAAUGUGCCAGGACACAUUCACCUCCCGUGCCAUUUAGAAUAUUGGUUGAAAACAUUCACACUUUCAUCUCAUAUUCAUGACCUUCUUCUGUACGGCUACGUUCCGUCUUUGAUGUCAUGGCCACCCAUUAGCAAUCUGAGGGAUAACAAGAGCGCCCGUGAUCCUAACUCCCGAUCUUUCAUUGCUUCCCAACUACGUGACCUGGAGCGUUCUGGAGCCAUUUCAAGGGUCACAACGAAGCCCUGGUGUGUGUUACCUCUUCAAGUCGUACACCGUGAGAACAAAGGCCCUCGUUUAGUGAUCGAUGCAUCUCGACAAAUUAAUCCCCAUAUCAACAAUCGACAUGUUAGGCUGACUACUUUAAAGAUCAUGAACGAAGGCAUUGAUCCAGUGGCGUGGUGGGCGAGUUUGGAUCUGAAAUCUGGAUAUUAUCACAUUAAGAUACAUCCAGGUUACCGUCGUCUCUUUGGCAUUCGUUGGAUAUCCAAUGACCAAGAGGAAUCAUUUUAUGUUUGGAACGUGUGUUUUUUGGGUUUAAGUGACCUUGUUUACACCUUCACCAAGCUCUUUCGCCCAAUUUUGCGCCAUUUACAUGGCCUUGGAAUCAAAUUGGACAUUUAUAUUGACGAUCUAAGAGUCACUGCUAGCUCAAAGAAAGAGUGUGCAAAAAAGAUGGAGAUUGUGCGAGAGAUCCUCUCGAACUCUGGCUUUGUGGAGGCAAAAUCAAAAGCAAUUCAACCCACUCAAUGUGACAUUUUUCUAGGACUUGUGAACAACACUCGUCAUAACCGCUAUUACAUUCCCGACUUCAAAUUGGCAGCCAUCCGAUCAAAAAUAGAAUAUAUUACGAAGCAUAAACGUGCGAAAAUCAGAGACGUGGCCUCGUUGUACGGAAGCCUAUUUGCUUGCACCUUGGCCAUAGGUCCCAUUUUAAAACUACCGACACGAAUCGGACAAAAAGCAUUUGCCGUAGCAUCAGUAUCAUCAGGGUGGGACGGAUGGAUGGACGUACGUGGUCUUCGGGACGAAUUGGAAUAUCUACACACACAUCUCGAUUCUCUGAAUGGAUUCCCCUUUGACGGUCAAGAACUGAAACACGUUGUUGAUUUCGUCCUUGCCUCACAUGCCUCUAAUAUCGGUUUUGGAGUCAUUGAAGUCCGAUGUGGUAGUGCAGAUGUACAUAAAAUCCACACUGACGGUUGUGAAAAAUCGUUACUUCUGAAGGAAUCUUUUGCAAACAAUGAAAUGGGCGAAUCUUCCACCUUCAGAGAAUUAUUGGCAAUCCGAUCCAUCAAUUUAAACGAGAAAAUGAUCAGUCAUUUAUCUGGGAAAGGGGUUGCUCACUUAACUGAUAGCCAAUGUGCCGCCUCCAUCAUGAAGAUUGGAAGCCCCACUACCAAACUUCAACAACUUGCCCUUGACAUCCAUCAUGUAUGUCGAGUCAACCAGAUUCGGCUACGAGUUCAUUGGCGACCCAGAGAGGAUCCCAGAUUGCAGGCCGCAGACGCUAGAUCCCGCCAUUUCGACACCGAAGACUGGGGUCCUGACUAUGACGGGUUUCUCCUCAUUGAGCAGUUUUCUUCCAAGCCAUUCGACAUAGACUAGUUCGCCACCUUGGAGAACAGAAAGUGCCU